AUGGCCAUCGAGGGCGUCAACAAAGCCGUCAUCUACUCCGACCCUCCGAGCAUUAAAACAGAAGUCGUUGAAUUGCCAAUACCCAAGCCUGGGCCUGGUGAAGUGCUUGUUCGAUUGGACUUUUCUGGCGUCUGUCACACAGAUUAUGGAAUAUGCACAAAUGGCUUCGAGACGCUGCCUAUCCCAACCCCAAAGGGGCAAAUUGGCGGCCAUGAAGGUGUAGGUAAAAUCGUUGCUCACGGUGAUGGCGUCAAGCAGCCACCGAUCGGCUCACUGGUUGGAAUCAAGUAUGCAGCGAGCGCCUGUCUAAACUGCGAUAACUGUUUAGAAGGAGGCGAAACUACUUGCAGCUCAGGCACAAUUUCCGGCUAUCUCACCCCAGGAACAUUCCAGCAGUACUGUCUCAGCCCAGCAAUAUAUGCAACUCCGAUGCCCGACAACAUUGAUCUCGCCGGCGCAGCACCGCUGAUGUGCGGCGGCAUCUCAGUGUACGCAGGUCUGAAAAGGGCAAAAGUGCAGCACGGGCAGUGGGUGGUCAUCUGUGGCGCGGGAGGUGGGCUUGGCCAUCUCGCGGUUCAAUACGCCAAGGUGUUGGGCGCCAGAGUGUUGGCAUUGGACACGGGCUCAAAGGAAGAGUUUUGCCUGGGCUUCAACGCCGACGCGUUUAUUGACUUCACCAAAUACGACACUGAUGCGGAGCUUGCGGCAGCAGUGAAAAGCGUCACCAAGGAAAGUGCCAAGAUCGUGCUCAUGUGUUCGUCUAGCAAUCGAGCAUACAAUCAAGCUAUUUCCUUCCUCGGGUUCCGUGGCACCUUGGUGUGUUUGGGUGUUCCGGAAGGACCACAACUGCCAAUUGGCGGAGCCAAGGUCGCUGAUCUUAUUGGACUGGAACUGACAAUAUUUGCGAACAAAUCGGGGAACCGAGCUGAAGCAAAGGAAUGCCUGGACAUUGCAGCGCGUGGGCUAGUCAAAACUCACUACCAGUUAAGGCCAAUGGAGGAUCUCACGGCCAUCUUCGAGGAAAUGGAAGCAGGUCAUAUCAAUGGAAGAAUUGUUUUAGAUCUUCGCUGA